CCUAAAGGACAUUAGCGGUCUUCGAUCAACAUGGGAUGAUACCCUGCAGCAUAAGCUCGUUCUUUCUGAAGCUAUUUUUCCUUAUUCGCCGUUUUAUUUUUCCUCCAACAAAAUGUUGUCGAGUAGCUCCAGCGGUAUCUCACUGGCUCGCACGCGAAGCGUUAACAGCACGGGUGUAGUCGAUCACCUCGAUGCUGUGAUGCAGACUGACACCGGAGCCGGAGCUCACACACAGCAAUCGCAUUUCAACGAGAGGAACGAGACCACAAGUGGCGGAGUGGGUGGAAUGGAGCAGCGGACUUCUUCUAGCCCAGUACCGAAAAUAAAUGCAGAAGGGGAGCACGCGCCCCUACCGUCUUCUACAAAUGUCGACAGUACCAUGGAUGAUGUCGUGGAGAUGGGACAAGACGAGAACAAAGAAAACGGUCCGGCUGACGUAGUUCCUUCGGCCUCAUCAGUGUCUGCGUAUGAAACAAACGAGAAAGGCAGCGACGUGGUUUUCCACGAUGCUGAUGUGGACCAUCAGGUUGACAACAACGAAAACAAUUUCCCCGGCAAUGUUGACACCGCUUCCGUGGGCAACCUUUCCCAAAAGUCCCACCUCGAGGACCCCUGCAACGCGAAGAACAACCCUUCGGGUCAGCAAUCCCUCUCUCAAUCCGCGGCGGAGUCCGCGGAGUUGGAUCCGUGGCGCGCCUUUCGCCGCGACGUGGACGAGCUGACCAGCAGCAGCUCCUUGCAUCCAAACUUUUCCGACAGUUUGUCCGCGAAAAACUGGCUCUCACUGGCACGGAACACGCGGAUCAUGAACAGCCGGAACAUGCGGAAGUACUUGCGAAACAAACGACGACUGAUGACCCCUGCGCCGGGGGGCUCAUCUGCAGCUGGCGUUGGACCACAUCAACACGGAAGUUGGAACAACGCAACUUCCAGCACGAGAAUCCUCCCCAGCAACGUAGAGCGGGUCACGAACUUUCACGCGGGCGUGAAUUUUCCUUUAGGCUCGCCGCCGCCGAGCAACGCCGUCAGUUCUACUUUCUCUGGCGGGGGGACGACCAAUGGCUCGAUUAUACACGGUUUGCACCAGAACACGGGUGGAGGGGGGGGCCAACAUGGUGCUACUACAACUACGUCGAUUCCUGCUGCGCAUAACAGCCUUGCCGCCGCGUUGCAGCACCAACAGCAAUUAUCGUCCGGCGGUGGAGCAAGUGCGGCUUCGAACGCGCCCCCGAGUGCUUUGUUUCCGCUGGCGAGAGAGUUCUUGUCCCCGGGCAGCGGCAGCAUCAGCCCCGUGCCGGGCGGGAUGAACGCGAAUAAUAGUACUGGAAACAACAGCAAUAAUCUUCAUCAUCUUCACGGAGGUGAUAGUCAUAGUUCCUCGCACCACACCGGGCAGCACCAGCACGCCGGGGCUGCGAAUCCAGACCUCCUAUCCCGCCUAAUGGAGGACGCUUUCGCAGGCAGGGCGUCGAAGUCCGGGGGGUCCAAGAAGCCCGCAAAGAAAAUCCCGUUGCUCCACGGUCCACCGCCGGGUUUGGCCGCGAACUUUAGUCAACAUUCUUCAGCGAGCGCCGGGCUGAUAC